AUGAACUCCCAGGGGUUCUCUUUUCCUCCUCCCCCUCCCCCUCCUCCCUCUCAGCAACAACAACCGCAACAACCGCAACCGCAGCAGCAACAAUACCGUCACCAUAAUGCCAACUACCCUUCGCAAUAUGGCGGUCAGGGAUAUCAUGGUCAACGAGGUGGUCAUGCUCAUGGCGGCCACUUCAGAGGACGUGGGAGGGGCUAUGGAAAUCGGGGAGGCGCCCGUGGAGGUCACUUUAUGACACCAGAUAACCGCGCGUACCCUACCGCUACACCGUCUACUGGCUACGCUCAGAUGAAUUACUCUGGGUAUGCCACGCACCCCAACCCAGCAGCCCAAGUCACUCCUUCGCCAUCGCAAAAUUUCCAACGGGCUCCGAAUGCUUCCUCCUUCCCUCCUUCGCAGCCUUAUGCGCAAUCCGCAGCCCGGGUGCCGCCUUACCAAGGCCAGCCUAACUAUGGGGGAGCUUACACUUCGCCUACUGCUCAACCUGGGUCUAUGUAUCCUUCGGUUAUGCCUGCCCAGCAACCGGUCAACCAGCCAGUUCAGACGCCGAUGGUUGCCCCACCUAUGCGCUGGGGGUUUGAGCAAACGGGACCGGCAGGCUCCUUUGCCGGAGCUCAGCGCGGCGGACACUUCAACGGUUACAACGCUCAGUCACAUAGUGGGGAUAGAACAGCACACUAUGCCAACAAGCGCGAUCAUAAUGCGGCCUUUGGGAAGCCCCAGUCCGUCGCACCCCGAGUUCCCGCACCGCCUCCGGUUCCCAGCUUCGGAAAUCCUCUUCCUGUCAAACCCCCGCCACCAGCUGACGCCACACGGAAGCCAAAGAAGAAGAAGAGAAAGCACAAUCAGCUUGGAUUGACCCCGAGAAUCGAAGAGCAUGAGUCGAGCGAGGAUGAAGACGAUGUGGAUGAAGAAGCGAGAUUAGCCGGAGGAGCUGCUGCUGCCGACACCGCAGCUCUCAAGGUCACAUAUCGCGGAAAGACAUCCACAUUGCAGUCACCGGAAGAAAUCGCGGCCUGGAUUGAGGAACGGCGAAAGCGGUAUCCGACGCAGGCGAAAGUGGAAGAGAAGAAAAAGGCCAUGGAAGAGGCGAAGAAAGCACGCCAGGAAGUACAGCGGCAGAAGGAUCAGCGAAAGCAAGAGUCCAAACGAGCGCAGAAGGACGGUCGGAAUAAGAAAGCGCACGACAAGCAAUCCAAUGACCAACCGGUCGAUCCCAUAGAUGCUGCAGCGAAGGCGAAGGAGAAGGCGGACAGACUGCGGCGAAAGCUCAUGAAGGAAGAGAAACGGGUGGCCAAAGCCGAGGCAGAUGCUGAAAGGGCUCUACUGAGGGCUGAGGCACUGAAAAAGGAAUCAACUGAUGCCAAUGUAGAUGAAAGUUCGGCCACCGCACAAGUCCAACCGGCUUCGGAAGCUGGGAUCAGGGCAGAUGCAGAUUCGGAAGAUAAGACUGUCAAGCCUGGGCCCGCUGCAGUCGAAGGAUCAGAAGUCACCAACGGCGACACGACGUCUGCAACAGAUGUCAAGAUAGACGCUGGGAAGCCCGAAGAAGCUGGGGACGAGGCCAACAUCUCGUCUCAAGAUGACUCCGAUAGCAGCGAUUGGACAUCAUCCAGUGGGUCAGAUUCCUCGUCGGAUGAAUCCGACAGUGACUCGGACUCUGCGCCGGAGGAGGCGACUACUCGACGAGAAGGACCGGAGCGGGUGCCGCCACCCCCUCGCGAGAGUAAGAAAAAGCCAUGCCAUCACUUUGCUCGAACCGGUCGCUGCAGGAAUGGAGAUAGAUGUCGGUUCUCGCACGAGGCACCUGAGCGAGGAAAGAAAGCGAAGCCAACGGAGCCGAAGGGGCGAAAGGGGCUUCUACAAGCGCUCCUGGACCGCCAAAAGGGAGAAGAAGACCGAAAGGUCAUGGAAGCAAUUGCAUGGCUCGGGGAAAACGGAUUCCUAGAUGCGCCUAAAGCCCAAGAGGACACUAACAAAUCGACAAUGGUGACCGAAGGCACGGAAGCUCCGCAGCAGGCAGCCCCCAAGGACACAAUCUCGGGGCAGGAAAAUGAUGCUGCCCCCGUGACUGCCUAG